UUCCAGAGACGCUUCAUUGGCUGCAUUCCUCCGUCUCCCAUUCCCUGCUUUCAUGAAUUGGCUUGUCAAUCAAAGGGCUAUUAUGUUUUCUUCCUGGUUAGCUGCAGGGUGAAAGAGGAGCAACGUUCGGCAUAUUUCACACUGAUUAGUGAAAGGGGAGAGACCAUGUGGAAGUCACAUGAGCGACAAGGAUGAGGAAAAAACAACUGGGAGAGGACUGCUACCGCCUAACUUGUCAAUCCGACUGGGGAUUUGCUGCUUCCGAAGCUUGGCUGGGACAGCCUAGCAGCCCCUGACCCUCUACCCACACAUAUGCAAUGAACAGCACUACUCAGCCCCCUGCCCCCAUAGACAGGGAUGUGGCAGUCAGCUCAUUGUUGGUACCAUUCUUCCUGAUCACCUUCAUCGGGAUAGCUGCAGCUGUGGUGCUGUAUGUGCGCAAGAAGAGAAGAAUUGACAGGCUUCGGCACCAGUUGCUUCCAGUCUAUACUUACGACCCCUCUGAAGAAUUACAUGAAGUUGAACAGGAAAUGCUGUGGAAAGAGGAAGAUACUAAGGUGGUGAAGGGUUGGGCACGAUCAUACCAGCAGCAAAGACCCCUGUUGAUGAAAGAUACCCAUGCAUGAGUGUGUUUGAGCAGGACAUAGAUCUGUGACAUCAUACAGAUCAGUGGAGUUAAACCUUGAGAUGCCAGUUUUGUCAGUCAUUCAACAUAAAGGGGUUUUAGGAAAAGCAUGGAGCCUGUCAUGCAUUCCGCAUCAUGCUCCUCCUCAGUCAUCAUCUCUGUUGGAGCAUUUACUUUGUACAGCGUCAGCCUCUAAGCUAAGAGGAGGUUGGUUAUUAUGUGAUUGUGAACUUCUGAUGCCAUGCCCCUGUGCCCGAAAGCUGCGGCAUAGCCAACAUGUCGUGGUUUAGGGUAACUACUGGUGAACAUUUAUUUAUUUGAGAUUAUUUAUUCAAGUUUAAAAACUUUUUUUUUUUUACUGUGUUUGUGUGUGUCAUAAUGUGGGCGCUACUGAAACUAAGAUGGUGCCAUCCAUCCAUCCAUCCAUCCAAACAAGACACUGGUGUUACAUUUGCCUUAAAUGUCUAUUGUUUCCAGUGAGAUUAGCAAAGCCUUGACCUUGGGUGGGAUGCUUACCGUUGUACUACUAGUUUUAGUGGUGUAAAAUUAGGCUACUAUAUCCCUCACUAUUCAAUGUAAUAGAAGUUAGACAGAAGGUAUGCAAUCAAUCAAUUUGAUUUCUUAAGUUGCUGUUUUGUUUCCCUGUUUGUGGCACUUUGAAUGCCAUUAUGAAAGCAACCAAAACAAUACCUCCUCCUCGUCAUCAUACAGAUACUGUAUGUUAUGAUGAAAAGGUGGUGAAAUCAGAAGGAGGAUGUAUAGAGAGAGAAGAGAUGGCAAAUGAAUGUAACUAGUCAACCAACCUCCCCCUACCCCACCCACUCCUCUCCACUAUUUAGCUGUGACUACUGCCCUAAAAAUGUCCUGUUGGGAAGACAGGGCACCAGGAGGAUUGUUCUUCUAGCAGAAGAAUCUCUUUUGAAGAAUACCAUAGGCCUGACUGUAUACAGUACUCAGGAAACCUCAGCCACCCAUAUUUUUAAGGAAAUAUGUGACCAGUGAUUCAUCCUUGAAUUAUAUGUGCUCUAAGUUACCCUCCUUGCAUUUGUGAAUGUCAUGUAUUCAGGAUGAGAAGGAUGAAGUCUACCAUUGAAAUCAAUCAUCUUAUCAGCACAUGUAUAUGUACAAUAUGUUGGAAUCCUCUUGAUAAGAAUUUAAACAUGCACUGUGUACAAAGCAUUAACAACACCUUCCUAAUAUUGACUUGCAACUUCUCAGAACAGCCUCAAUUCGCCGGGGCAUGGACUCUGCAAUGUGUCGCAAGCGUUUCACCGGGAUGCUGGCCGAUGUUGACUCAUGCUUCCCACAGUUGUGUCAAGUUGGCUGGAUGUCUUUUGGGUGUUGGACCAUUCUUGAUAUACACGGGAAACUGUUGAGUGUGAAGAACUUGGCAGCGCUGCAGUUCUUGACACACUGGUGCACCUGGCACCUACUCCCAUACCCCAUUCAAAGGCACUUAAAUCUUUUGUCUUGCCAAUUCACCUUAUGAAAGGCACACAUCCACAAUACAUGUCCAUACACAACACAAUCCAAGGCUUAAAAAUCAUUCUUUAACCUGUCUCCUUCCCUUCAUCUACACUGAUUGAAGUGGAUUUAACAAGUGACAUCAAUAAGGGAUCGUAGCUUUCACCUGGUCAGUCGAUGUCAUGGAAAGAGCAGGUGUUCAUAAUGUUUUGUACACGCAUUGUACAUCAGGUAUUUCCAUUUAUUUUCAUGUGGAAUUGAAACUUUUGACAUGAAUAGUUGACUUUCUCCUGAAUGCGAACUGCUACAUAUUACUCUCCACUAUUUAUAAAGUCUAUGAUUUAAUUCCCAUGCACAUUAAACAUAUACAGUUGGAAGUUUACAUACACCUCAGCCAAAUACAUUUAAAUUCAGUUUUUCACAAUACCUGACAUUUAAUCCUAGUAAAAAUUCCCUGUUUUAGGUCUGUUAG